GGAAGUCCAGAACUAGGGGUCAAAGUUUAAGGAUAAGAGCGAAGUCUUUUAGGACCGAGAUGAGAAAAUCAUUUUUCACACAGAGAGUGGUGAAUCUGUGGAACUCUCUGCCACAGAAGGUAGUUGAGGCCAGUUCAUUGGCUAUAUUUAAGGGUUAGAUGUGGCCCGUGUGGCUAAAGGGAUCAGGGGGUAUGGAGAGAAGGCAGGGUCGGGAUACUGAGUUGGAUGUUCAGCCAUGAUCAUAUCGAAUGGCGGUGCAGGCUCGAAGGGCCGAUUGACCUACUCCUGCACCUAUUUUGUAUGUUUCUAUGUUUCUAUGUCUGUAACUGUAUCUUUAUAUCUGUGACUCGAAGACUGUAAGUGCUUGCACAACCGGGGAGGGGGGUGGAGAGAUAUAUCGUUUUCGUAGCUUCCUGAUAGGAGCGAAACAUCUCAUCUGUUUCCUGCGAAAAGUCUCAUCUCCUCGGAAGCUACACGUCCGAUUCCCUUGCUCCCACUUCACCGUCUCCUCCCUCCCCACCUCCUUACACCUCCCUCUCCCCGGAACCAUCCAGGAACCCCUCUUGUCUGAUGGUCAGAGGCACUGCAAGAGGGAGUGAGCGCAGAGGAGGCGAGGAGCAGCGAGUUCGGGCUGAGACCCCCGCCAGCGAGCUGCAAUGUCGAACGUCAGCUGCCAGGACAUAAGCCAUUGGAGUGACUCUGUGUUCGCCACCGCCUACGGUCUGACCUCAGCCCUGGGUUUGCCCCUGAACACUCUGGCUCUCCUCUACUUCUUCCGCUGCGCGGCCGUGCGCUCCCACACCACUGUCUACAUGAAGAACCUAGCCUGCGCCGACCUACUGCUAGCCGCCUCGCUGCCCGUCCGGGUCGCCUUCUACGCGGGCGCCUGGCAUCCAAAGGCACCGCCUCGGCUGGCUUGCGAGAUCUCCGGCAUGGUCUUCCUGAUCAACAUGUACGCCAGCAUCUUCUUCCUCGCCUGCAUCAGCCUGGACCGCUGCGCCGCUAUCUGCUUCCCCAUGAAGUCCCGGCUGAGUGGGGCGAGGAGGGGAGCCCCCUGGUACAGUGCUCUGGUCUGGCUUGUGGUGGUGGGGGCCAGCCUCCCUCCCUACCUGUACCUCAAGCUGCGCGAAUUGCCAGAAGCUCAACAAAACGCCAACACCUCCAACAUCUCCUGCAUCCGCUGCUUCGAGGACCGGCCGGCCUACGUGUCAGACCCGGCCGCUCUGGCCUUCGCCCUGUUGAAUGGGUGCGUGGUACCCCUGGCCACCGUGCUGGCCUGCUCCCUGGCGCUGCUCAGGUCCGUCCGUCGGAGCCCGGCCGCCCGGCAGGACUGGCCCCGAGUGCGCAACACGGUGGCGGUCACUCUGGCCGUCUUCGCCCUCUGCUUCCUGCCCUACCACAUGGUCCUCCUGCUGAUGGCCGUGGGUCCGACGCCGAGGAACUUCGACCAAGCCUACCACGCUGCUGUGCCGCUGGCUUGCCUCAACACCGUGCUAGACCCCGUCUGCUACUACUUCGCCACCGAGACUUUCCAGAAGAGCCCUGGCGUCCGGGCGGUGAGGAACGCGCUGAUCACCAACACGGGCAGCGAUGUCCACCAACGAUCAAGGGGCAACCACUGA